AUGUCGAAAUCGCUCUUCCUCCUCGGGACAGGCUUCAUUGGCGGGUCUGUCCUGGUCGCACUGCUCGACAAGGGCGAGUACACCAUCAGCGCACUCUGCCGCGAUGAGAAGAAGGCGGACAAGCUGCGCGAGAUGGGUGUGAGGCCGGUCAUGGGCGAGUUGAGCAGCGACGAGGUCAUCUCGAAGGAGGCGGCGGCCAGCGACAUCAUCAUGCACAUCGCGACGGCCGACGACCUUCCCUCCGUCAAGAGCAUCCUCAAGGGUCUCUCGCAGCAAGACUCGUCCAAGCCGCCCGCGCCGUAUACGUCCACACCGGGAGUCUUGACGACUCCUCAUCCCGAUGACAUGAUCUUCAACGACGGAGACCAGACCAAGUUUGACAAGGAGAUCCCGGACGACGCGCCGCACCGUAACGUCGACUUGACGAUCAAAGAUGCCGUCGACAACAAGAAGGUCAACGCGAAAAUCGGCAUUAUGCUCCCGCCGCUGAUCUACGGUAUCGGAACCGGACCCUUCAACCAGAUCUCGAUGCAGAUCCCGUGGUGGCUGCAAGAGUCAGUCAAGAACAACAAGGUCGUGCGGUACGGACCUAAGAAGCGAUGGAACAACAUCAACAUCCGCAACCUCGUCCCGGCAUACCUCACCCUCCUCUCCCACCUCGAGCAAGUGGACACUUCCAAGACGCUCUACCACAUUGCCGAGACGGCCGAGCACCAAUGGGGCGACAUCGGUACCCACAUGCACAAGGUCCUCACCGAGAAAGGCUUGAUCUCGGGCGGAAUCGAGGACAAGGACGAGGCGUCGCAGGAACUCGCGGGCGUUGGAUCGCAGAGCAGGGCGAAGAGCGAGUUGUUGCAUGAAUUUGGGUGGAAGGUCGGGAAGGAGAAGAGCAUUACGGAAUCGAUGUCGGACGAGAUUGACUUGAUGCGCAAGCUCGGGCAGCUGUAG